UGUCACCUGAGCUAGGAUUGAUCACAAUUUUCCCGCCAACAGAUUACCAGUCCAAUCAGCUGUCCGCUUGGGAGCGAGACGUGCACGUGCAGAAGGAGGGGUUUUUCUGAAUACAGCCUAUCAAUGCAGAAAAGCUGUAGAGAAUCAGAUGAAAACAGAAUGAGCAUUCUGGUACUUCCUUAUUCUCUCAUGCUGGUGUAUUUAAGGAGAAUUGUUGUUCCCUCCAUGAGUGGAAAUGAACAUCUUUACUAAAGUCCCUGGAAUAGCCCAACAAGCCAGCAAGCUGGGGUCAGUGCUCCAACGUGCAUUUUACGGGUCCAGUGGGAAGGUGACCCUUUUUGAGCAGAGGAACUUUGCCGGACGGCGAUUGGACCUCAGUGCAGACUGCCAGAAACUGAGCGACAAGAACUUUCCUGAGAGAUGUAACUCUGUCCAGGUGGAGAGUGGAGCCUGGGUGGGCUAUGAGCAUGAGCACUUCCGUGGGCGCCAGUAUUUGUGGGACAUGUCUGAUCGGGGAGAAUAUAACUGCACAGAUAGGUGGUGUGGCCAAGGAGACCAAAUCUCAUCAGUACGCUCUGUCAAGCAGGAUACAACCCCUCCACGUGCUCAGCUGUUUGAGAGGCAAGGUUUCUCUGGGAGAAAGACCGAGCUUCAGGACGACAUCCCCAACCUCAUGGCAAGAUAUAACCUGAACAGAGCCUCUUCAAUCCGGGUGCUGGGUGGAGCCUGGGUGGUGUACCAGGAGCCCAAUUACAGAGGAUCCCACUAUAUCCUGGAAAGGAAAGACUACAGCAACUACUCAGAUUGGGGAGCUCAGAACAGCACUGUGGGCUCCAUGCGCAGAAUUCGCUUCAGCUGAAUUCCUCCUAACCUUGUACUCUAACCCUGUUAAAUCCCUCCAAACCCCCUCUGACAUUUUUACACUCAUCAUGCAAGCCACAAACAAUCCACAUCGCAGCAGAAAACUAUUUUAGUAAUAAACCUAUGGAAAAGACAAA